AUGGCAGAAUGGGGACAUCUGGGCACGCUCUUCGAUACUCUGGCGAGUCACUCGCCUAUGCUCGGUCGUUUAUGGCUCUUUCUCAUGCUCGUGUUCCGGAUCGUGAUCCUCGGAACCGUUGCCGAUGACUUGUUCGAGGACGAGCAAGACGAAUUUACCUGCAACACCCUCCAGCCGGGCUGCAAACAGAUGUGUUACAACAUGGCCUUCCCGAUCUCCCAGUACCGGUUCUGGGUGCUCCACAUCGUUCUCAUCGCUACUCCGUCCUUGGUUUUUCUCCUGUACGCCAUACACCAUCACAACAAGAGAGUCAACCACCUCAAAACAUGCAAAUACAGCAAUGAGAACUUAAAAAACGAGAACCGUUUCAGGAAAUUCUACAUCAUCAACCUGCUUUUGCGUAUCGGUGCAGAAGUGGGCUUCCUUGCGGGUCAGUGGAAGCUGUACGGCUUUGAGGUGAAAGAGCAAUUUGAAUGUGAACGCUUCCCCUGCCCAAAGGUUGUGGACUGUUUCGUCUCCCGUCCUGCAGAGAAAACCGUCUUCCUCUACUUCUACUUCAUUGUAGGGAUAUUAUCAGUAGUUAUCACCUUCUUGGAGCUUUGGUACUGCCUCAUCAAGUGGUUUUUUCGCCCUACAAAAGAUCCACCUCCCCGGGACACCUGUGAUUGUCUGGACGAUAACCAAGAGGUGAAAGAAAAUGCUAAAAACGAACAGAUAGAAGAGAGCACUGCAGGAAGAAAUAGUUCUAGGAAAUCCCAGAACUCCCGAUCCGGAGUUUCAGAAAACUAUCGCAAAAGCCUCCUAGUGUGA